AAGUAUUUGAACUGUUUGUCCAACCCUUCAUUCCAAGUUACGCUGUGCACGUAACAACAUCGAAAAAGUGAAAACACAUCCAGAAUGCCACCUUUUUGGUUUUUAUUUGUUGCUGUUUCUUCCUCUAUUGAUUUCAUACCAGGAUCAGCAAAUGCGGGUGAGGCUUGGCGAGCUCCAGGCUGCCAUAAAGUUGGACACACAAGAAAAAUCAGCAUCCCGAACUGUGUCGAGUUUCACAUGACGACGAACGCUUGCAGGGGUUUUUGCGAAAGCUACGCGGUUCCUUCUCUUCCUAAGAUCACUCCCACACAACCGGUUACUUCCAUCGGCCAGUGUUGUAACAUAAUGGAGACGGAGCCAGUAGAAGCCAGAGUUUUAUGUGUGGACGGAAUGAGGACACUCACUUUCAAAUCAGCAGUCACUUGUUCCUGCUACCACUGUAAGAAAGAUUAGAGUGAGAGAGAUACUGUCGAGGCGUUGAUCACAUAUGAAUAUUUAAAAAAUUACAAAAAAAUUCAAGGUGAUUUGUAAAUGUGAUGUACAUUAUAUUAUACUAUAAUUAUUGUAUAUACUAUGC